UGAAGAAAUUUUUUAGGAUUUUUAUAAAAGCUAUAUACACAUACGAAUUAGCAAUAUCACGAUAGUCCACGACCAUGACGAUAAUUUCGAUAUAUCAUCGCUCAAGUUUCUACCUUCGAUACGAUUCCCAUCUCUUCUGUUUACCAAUAAAAGUUGUAGUGUUCCAUAUCUAGAAUCCUAACUCCAGUAAAGAAUGCCUACGGUGGUUGAAAGCACAUUUGAACUUGAAUUUAUACGCACAUAGCAGGAGUCAAAGUUCAAAGUUCAUUCUUUUUAUUACAAUAUAAUUUCUACUUCAAAAACAAAGACAUCGUGCUAUUUUGCUGUUGUAUUUGUGACAGUGUGUACAGUACAAUCUAACAACAUUAGGCAACUUAAAAAUGGCUUUUUGUGGUUGUAACUUUUCUUCAAAGAAUCUAAAAUCUCAAAAUUUCCCCAGGGGAGCAUGCUCCUGGGACCCCCCCCCCCCCUAGAUUCUUCGCGCCUUUGGUGCUCGCACCUCGAAUGCCGAGUGCAUCUUAUUAAAUGGGUCAAAUACAUCCUUCUUCAACAACAUAAUAUACAUUACAUAAUUAUAUACAUGCGACGUAUAUACAUUGUGUGCAUGGACAUUCUAUAUAUAACAUAUACAUUGUGUGGACGUUCUAUAAUGAUAUAUCCUUAACUGGUAAAAAAAAAGAUUGUACAAAGCCAAAAUUUGGUAGGUUAUUUCCUGUACAUACUGUUUUGGGGGCUUACUGUUCUGUACUGUAAAUAUAAACUGUGAUUCUGCAAACUGGUUGUUUACUGAACCCAAGCAUGCCCCCAUGUAAUGUUCCAUCCUGUAGUUUUGACCAAGUAUCCAAAUGAUACAUUAUAUAGCACAUAAUAUAGAUUAUGAACGCUACAAAGCUGCAUGACAAUUAUUAUUAUUGUAUAAAUCUCCUCCCACUGCAUCUAACAUGUCGUGGUUUCUUUUCAGCAAAGUUUGACUAUCAAGAUCCAAUAAAUAUUGACAGUUGUUUGAAAGAUGAAGAAAGAAUUGUUAGGUACAGAACUCCAGAUGUCUAACCCUCAUUUUCCUCUAUUGAUUAUAUUACAAAGACGGAUUUUCUGGGUGUGCACUGCAGGGAGGUGUGCACCCCCAAAAAUAUUUUGCAUCCCCUCAGAACGUUUUCCCACCACACCUAGAGAAAUUACACCCCCAGACCUCUGCUGCAUCUUGCUCGGCUACGCGUCUCCUCGUUCACCUCCCCCCUUGAUUUUUUUGGUUCCCCAGCCCAGAUCAAAAUCUGAAAAUCCGUCCAUGUUAUAUUGUAGUGCUGGAGUUUUGGCCUAUUUUGCCAGGGCUGGAGUUUGUUCAACUCCAGCACUACUCUGGCAGUACUUAUUUGUGCUACAAACUAUCGGCGAAAAAACCUGAAUCCAUCGACGAAAAAGUAAAUACUCGCAUUGAUACUGCGUAAGCUUGUCACAAACAUAGUACGAAAUGUUCAUGCGAAGUGUUGAAAUCAAAUUUGAAAAGGUGAAAUUUCCAUUAAAUUUCGAAUUUUCACGAAUUUUCCGGAGCCUAUGUCAUUUUCAUUUCCAUGCUUGGUUGUAGAAGCUUUAUUUUUGUUUAUCCCAUUUCUCAUUUAACAAGAUCAAGGCGGGAUUUAAACUUUUUAAAAAUUAAAGCAAUCUUCGAAACAAUAGAAACGAAAAGAAUUUCUAAGAACGAUUUCUUAGACUUAGGCAUGAAAUGUUCCAAUAAUUCUGAAUACUGUAUUAUGUCUAUGGUUUGUCCCAAAGUUCGUUGUUAGUACUUGUUACAGCUAGGUGCGAUAAUUCGUGUACUUAUAUAUUACGUACCUGAGGUACGCCAAUAUUAUGGUCUGGUACUACUUUCUCAGCAAAGUACCACAUACAUAUACGCGAUACACUCUCUAUAUCUGCGUACAUUUCGCUGGUAGCAUAUGAUCCGCAACUUUCCAAGGUACAUUCAGAACCGUAAUCGUAGCUAUAUUAUACAUCUGACAUGUCUUGGAUAUGUGUUUGUAUUGGGUCAUAAUCAUUGGAGUACCAGUGAGGUACAACUAAAAAAUCUUGAUUUACGCACCCUAUAACCUGUGUUAAUAUAUCGUACUUUUGUUAAAGCCUUUGAUUCAACUAUAUAUGUUAUAAUAUCAUGAUUACUGCAUGAACUAUCAGUAAAACUUGUCUACAUUGUCUAUAAUUCAAGAAUCGUGUGAUUAUUAUUAAUUUUUAUUUUUAUAGAGAUCAAGUACGUGCAUAUUGUCAGGAAAAAUUGAUGCCAAGAGUUUUAAUGGCAAAUAGAAAUGAACGUAAGGAGAGGAUAUUGAGAUGAUCUAAAACCAGAUUUUCACUUGUAUUGACUUGAAUAGGCAAUUCCAGCUUUUAGUUUAUGCCUGCAGGGGAUGAUGGGAAGUAAGGUAUCAUAUUGCUGAUUAUGCUGAAAAAUUUCAAUAAAAACUACCGAAACAACCGAAAUAUUUCAAUAUUUACAAGUAUAAACUAUCACUCCAUGUUUACACGGCCACCAUUUUUAUUUUUUCAGCAUAAUCAGCAAUAUGAUACCUUACUUCCCAUCGUCACCUGCACGCAUAAACUAAAAGCUGGAAUUGCCUAUUAAGAUACUGUAGUUUACUAUAAAAAAUUCUUUUUCACGGAUUCUUGUAAUGUGUAGAUUUCCACAAAGAAAUAAUGCCAGAAUUGGGGGAAUUAGGCAUUCUUGGAGCAACUAUUGAUGGUGAGUAGAGAUAAAAAUCCCUGGAUGUUGUUGUCGAGAUAUUCACCAGUCUGGGGAUUGCCCUUUUGGGUCAUAAACUCCCCAUAAUUUCUGUCGGCGGGGAGAAUGGGGGGGGGGGGAUUUUCGACACAUCAGUGAAGACAUUUUAUCAACUUUAGAUCCUCCUUUUCUCAUGAUUUUAAUACAUGUCGGGCUUCCCUUUCAUCAUUUUCCCAAUUUCUAAGUAGUAUCUUCCCCCUCUCAUACACCAAUGCAUAUAGACACUACAGAUAAACAUGUUGCUUUGCAAAGACAUUCACAUGAAAAGAAAAUAACGGAUCGAAAUAAGAUAACAACAAAGGAUUUGGGGCAUCUUACUCGAUAGAACUAAUUGUUGAGUGUUUUUCUCGAUGGAAAUUUCGAGUGUUAAUUUUCUACAUUUAUUAAACCUGACCAGGAGCAGUUGCAAAAAAUACAACUAUAUAUAGGCCUUCUGGCAGGAAUAGAACCCGCAGCCCUGCGGUUGGUUAGAGCUCGACAACCUUCCGAAUUACGCUUCGUGAAUCAAAACGAAAAGUGUAAUCGCAAUGAAGGUCAUUUGCAUUAACAUCUCACUGCAAAUUUCACAGAAAGAAAUUACAAAUAGUUCAGUUUGGGCAACUUCAUAUUAAAACUGUACUUCAUUUAUUUCCGAAUACACUGGCAGUAUUCUAUUAAAUUGAUCGCAUUUCUUUUUCCUUAUUGUCGUUAUUGAUUCAUUUUUUAUAUUUUAUUAAUCCUUCCUAAACCAUAAACCCGCCAUUUAUUAUCUGGGAUCAGUAUUUUAACUCGAUCAGAUCUAAUGUAUUGUACUAUAUUAUUGGUACUAUUGGUAUACAGCCUCCUCCUCAGGCAAUUCUGUGGUAAAAAAACCUCCGAUCUCUCUGACACCCAAAUCAGUAAAUCGUUUCUGCGACCCUAAUUCGGUCCUGCGGUCUUAACAUUGGCAUCACCCUAAUAUUUAUGCAUGAACUUGCAGUUAGAGCUCGACAACUGGCCUUUGUUGCUCUGUUGGUUGGAGCACUGCACCGGUAUCACAGGGCCGCAGGUUCGAUUCCUACCAGAGGGCCUAUAUAGUUGCAUUUUUCGCAACUGUUCCUGGAUAGGUGUAUUAAAUGCAUAAAAUUCACACUCAAAAUUUCCAUUAACACAACACCUUAACAUUAACAAAGUCAUCUUUUGGAGCAGCGCUUUCCGUCAGUAUAUUGACAAACUAGUAUAUCGACUUGUACUCUAUAUUUUUUAUUUAUCGGAAGGCUGAGAUUUUGCUUCACGCACGUGCGCAGUUUAAUAGUCGUGUUUGGAUGUAUGAUAAUUGUAAAACUAGUUAAUAUCAACAUUUCUAUAUUUCCAGGCUAUGGAUGUGCUGCAGUUUCGACGGUUUCUUACGGAUUAAUCGCUAGAGAAGUGGAGAGGUUUGUAUUCAGUAAAGCUGUUUAAAUAUCCCACAUUACUGCAACUUUCAAAAUCCGAAAUUUAAUUUUUAUUACUGCAUAAGACUUGUCCAAAAAUUUCAUCAACGCGGAGUGGUAAAUUUGCCAAACGGUGUCAGCAACUACUGAUGCAAAAAUGAAUAACAUACUAUAGUGAAUUUUAGUGGUGUUUCAUGAUCUCCAAUGACCAUAAUGGGGUGUACCGUGUACUAUCAAACCAUUGACUAGACUGGUCCUAGUCCCUGGUCUUUUAUGCACGCGCUUUGGUUUCCCAUGAUGUCACAGCGUAAAGAAGGCUAUAUAUAUAGGAACAACAAAAGCAGGGGUGGAAAAAAUAGGCGAGCACGCGAGCACUGCUCGCAGGAAAUGUUAAACAGCUGCAGGAAAUUCCUUUGAAUGAAGAUUUGCUAUUGGAAAUUUGAAGGAAAUCUUAACACCCAUGACCCACUAUGGGCGCAACAACAUAUGGUUGACAGACAUUAUUCCUUGAAUUUAAAACCAUGGUAGGCUAGAACACUUUAUGUUUAUGCACAUGAAGGAUUUAGCACACAAACACUCGUUGGUCUGCAGGAAAUUUUUGUCUCCAGGUUGUGCUCCCAGGAAGAAAAUUAUUUUUUCCUGCUCUGAACAAAAGGCCCUUCCGGAAAGCACGUCAUUUGGUUAUAGAGCCUCGUUUUCCCAAUUGGAUUGAACUCUUACUUACACGAAAACGAGUCUAUACCCAAAUGACGUACUAUACGGAAGGGUAUAUUUCACUUGCAGGAGUGCAUGAAACACAAAAAAUACCUUCUCUUGGUCCCGGAAAGUCAAAUUGGAUUCUACGACUAUUUUACGGGAGCAAUAAGCCUGCUAACGAUGGUGAUCUUUCAGUAAUCCAGAUAUUUCUACUGUAUAUAUUGUGUAUAUUUGUAUUUUCAUUUCAGAGUUGACAGUGGUUAUCGUUCAGCUAUGAGCGUUCAGUCUUCACUAGUUAUGCAUCCAAUUUAUAGUUUUGGAUCUGAAGAGCAGAAAGACAAAUAUCUACCAAAACUAGGUACGUUAAAAUGAUUGUUUAAUACUGUUAACCAAUCAAACCAGAAUCUUUUUUAUUGCAUGCAGAUAGUCAGCAGUGAACUCACUAUUUUUAAAAACAUUGAAUUCAGUGGAGUUUGUCGUGAAGCAUACACGCAUAAGGGAGUGUUCAUUAUUUAUACUCGGGGUUGGUACCGAAGAGAAACUAAUCGAAAAGAGAAAAAAACAACCACCCACCCUUUCGGUCAACCAUUGUUUUCCCUACCCAACUAUUGCAUGACUUGGAUUUUUAUUUUACCCAACCCAAUUUCAAAAUUAUAUACACUAUGAAGUAUUUUACAUACAUACAUAUAUAUUAUUUAUACAAGCUAGGCCACUAUAGUAUAAACAGUACUAUGCAUAUUUGGUGCACUAACUGAAUGUAAAAUAUAAUCAUUUGUACCUUCACAAGUUCAUAUUAUGUUCCCAAGUUCCUGCAGUCCUACUAUGUCUCGUUGUUGUAAUCAGAGGGGAUGGGGAGUUGGAGUUUAAUUUUCUUUGUGUGGAAUGAAUGGAUAUUUCCUGGAAUGACCCAUUUUGUUAAAUAAAGGAUUUUCAUUAUUUUGUUCUAUUGAACGUUUGUAUUAAAAAUAAUUUACCCAACCAUAGGCUUUGUUCAAAAAAUAUUUACCCAACCCUUCAUACUCCAGAAAAAUGGCUUACCCAACCCAUUUCUCUUCGGUACCAACCCCGGGUAUAAAUAAUGAACACUCCCUAACGUCAUUCCAUACUCGCACUUGACUAGCCUCCUCCGCAGGCAUCUCUACAGGGGUCACUUGUGGUUUAAAAAAACUAGUUGACUUUUAACUCGUCGGACACGGUCACCCCUGGAGAUGCCUGUGGAAGAGGCUAGGACGUGACAAUGUCAGACAUACACUCGAUUUUACAUUAUAACUUGGCUUAGCUAUAUAUUUGGACUUGAGGUCAUAUUAAGAUCAAUUCCUAUAUACGUGUCAACUAUCAACCUUGGCAAGCCAGGGUCUUCACCUCCGCACGCUACGGCGAGAUUCUGGUUGCGGCUGGUCACGUGAGAGGGGGAGAGGGACGAGUAUCAAAUUACAUGUUUCCACAAAAAACCGUUACACUUCAAUUGCAAGGAGUGGGAUCAGAGAGUGAUAUAAAUUUUGCGAUACAUAGAUCGAAAUGCUUGCUAGUUUUUAUGUAUUUCUGUACAGGUAAAGACCCUGGCUUGCGAGGCUAGCGAAUAUUUAGUUUCCUAAAAUUGACCAUGACAACAUAGCCAUAAAAUAGGCACGAUGUGCGUACAUAUGCGUCUGCUAUUUACCACUAGUCAGGGUUUCCACUCAUAUAUUUCUCAGAAAUAUCUAUCGUUAGUGGGGGUUUAUACAUACCCUUCUCUUCUCUUCUCUCCGAUAUUUUUUCCAUUAUAAAAGGGGAGCAGCAAUUGCCCAAACGCUUGUUUGUGUUGACUUUGAAUCUACCGCGAUUAUGUAUUAAGUUCUCCCGUUGCUAAACAACAUAUACUGUAGACGGUGAAUUGUUUCUUCAACAUGACUUUUUUUAUGUGUGGACUUUAAAAUAACUGGUUGACAAACGGUACUGUAAGUCACAUGCAUGCAAUGGAACAAUGUAGACCUGUAGAGUUUUACUUUUCUUGAUGUAGCUAGAGGAGAGUUAAUUGGCUGUUUUGGUUUAACUGAACCCAACCAUGGCAGUGAUCCAGGCGGUAUGGAAACAAGAGCAAAAUAUCAACAAAGUAGCAAAACAUAUGUUUUAAAUGGAUCAAAAUCUUGGUAAUUAUUAUAUCUGUACCUAAUGGUUGAAAAUUGAAAAGGCUGCAAUUAGUGCAAUAUUCCACGGUGCAUGCAAGUGCACAAAUGCACGUCCUGUCUCUCUGUCAGGAAAAAAAGUCAUUUGAAUGACAAUGAAAGUGAAAACAUUGCAUUUUAAUACAAUUUAAUAGGAUAACCAACUCCCCAGUGGCAGAUGUAUUUGUCGUUUGGGCAAAAUGUGACGAUGACGAAAUACGGGGUUUUAUUUUGGAAAAGGUAAGAGUGUAUAUGCAUGAUGUUUAUCCAAAAGUAAGAUGCAUGAUGUUUAUCCAAACCCGUUUUCUACGACACGAAUUUUGUCCCGAAAAUUCGCGACCAGUAAAUAAAAUGUAGAUGCAGACAUAUACCGUAUGCACCAGCCAGCCAUUUCCUUCGGCUAACUUGACCUACAGUACAUUGGUAAAAAUAUUUUAUUUUUGGUGAACUAUCGGCCAUGCAGUCUAUAAUUAACGUAUGGUUGUGCUUAUAGGAAAUGAAAGGACUAACUGCUCCAAAGAUUGAAGGCAAAUUUUCAUUACGAGCGUCAGCAACAGGGAUGAUAGUCAUGGAAGAUGUUGAAGUUCCAGAGGAAAAUCUUUUACCAAAAGUCAGUGGUUUGAAAGUACGUAUUUCAAUAUAUUCUUAUAGUUAUACCUCGAUCGUGCUGGAAAGAUUAGCGAUAGUGGAUCAACAGUAAGCAGUCGUUUACAUUCGUUCAUUAUAUUUUCCACGAAACUCAAUACAAAGUUUAAUGAAGAAAGAAACAUGCAGAUUCCGAAAAAAAUGCUUGAAAUAUAAUACAAAUGAAUAAUAAUAGAAUGAGGAAAUUGUUUAUUUCAAAUUUGCCAUGAGAAAGAAUAAAUACAAUAUACUUAUAUACAGGAAGAUAGCGAGAAUAUAUUGCGUUCCUGAUGAUGUGAUUUUCUAAGAAAUCCGACCGACCUUCUUUUUUUCUGCCGACCCUUGGGCGUAGUUGGGUUGUUCCCUUACCUACCGAUCCUAUUUCUUCCCAUAAAACAACGUGACACCAAAAGUGGCAUGAUUGCAUCCGAUUUCCCAGAGUUAUUGCUUCUUGAGUUUGAUCAGUUAAAAACGCAACGUUACCAUGAAUUUUUUUUUCAAUGUUAGGGUGCAUUUAGUUGCUUAGAUAGCGCAAGAUUGGGUAUUGCGUUUGGAUGUUUGGGUGCCGCUGAAUUUUGUUACGAAACAGCAAGGCAGUAUACUUUGGACAGGUAUGUGACUAAAUUGCGCUUAAGGUGCAUGGCUCUAUAAUUAUACGGUUUUCUAAUUCUGAUUUCGAAUGUCAUGCAGGAUUCAGUUUGGAAAACCUCUGGCUGGUAAUCAACUUAUACAAAAGAAAUUGGCUGAUAUGGCAACUGAGGUAUGUGCAGUGGAGCUUACGAAAUCAAGACUCCAUAUCUAUGUAUAGUUAAAUUGCCAAUAGCGACUAUAUAGAGGAUAUGGAUAUCCCGCAGGAAUGAAUUAAUUUGACCGUGUGAAGUGGUGUAUACGCCAAGAUGGAUGAUCAGGUUAAUGAUUAAAACUUUCUCGUAUUUAGAUUUCCCUGGGACUUAAUGCUGUUGUCCAUGUUUCAAGGCUAAAAGAUGAGGGAAAGUAUGUUCAUUUUGCGUGUUGUAUUUCACAUCCAUUUAAAAAUUUAUAUAAAAAUAUUACCAUAUGUCCACUCUAUUUUUGGUCACAUUGACUAUUAAGAACCACAUCCACUGCCUCAUAUUCUGAUUUGAAUUUACCUAAUAGGUCAGUUUCAUAGUACAGACCGGGUUUAAAUAUUUUUUACCGACCAAUCUCUGUAAUAUCUGUUAUUGCAGUUAAAAUCUUGUGUGUUAAUAUUCUUGUUGUUUGAGCAAUAUUUUGAUGUUAGAGGGACUAGCCUUGAAUGGUUUAAGUCCUAUCUUAAGAAUAUAAAACAAAUUAACGGGAAGAAGUCUGUGCAAGCGUUGUCAGAUGUGGGGUCCCACGAGGGUCCAACUUUGACCCCAUCGUGUUUCUCUCGUUGAGUCGUUGGUAGCAAGUAAUUUAAUGUCUUUAAAAUCCUUCGCAACAGCUUUCUGUGCUGCUCCGCCGCUUCUUUCAAAAUGUCCGUAAAGAAUCUGGUAUUUAGAUUUAUGAAAUAUUUUUUAAAUCAUAAAACACCUUCAUUUUCACAGACAUUGUCCAGAAAUGGUUUCAUUGACGAAAAGAAAUAAUUGUGGAAAGUCAUUAGAAAUUGCAAGAAAUGCGAGAGACAUGCUAGGAGGUAAGAUUGCUUUAACGUACGAUCUGCUCCAUUGAGCUGAAUGAGCUACCCUGUAUAAAUAGACGAUAUUACCCGGCGGCGCGAAGAUAUGACUAUUAUCUUCGAGUGGUGAAAACAAUAUUUUACGAACGAGCGCAGCGAGUGAGUAAAAUAUUGUUUUUAACACGAGAAAAUAAAAGUCGUAUCCUCAAGCCACCGUGCAUGUAAUGUUCUAUUUAUUAUAUAGUCCCAAGCAAAAAAUUGUGAAAUUUCACGCUUUAUAAAAGCAAAUUGGAAAAAAUCACGUGAUCCAUAUCUUCACUAGUGAAGAUAUGGAAAAUAUCUCACUGUGUAUUUUUCAGUAUCUCACUCUCUACUAUAUAAUAAAUAAAGUUAUUCCAUUCCAGCCAAGAUGGAGAUACUCCACCGAAAUCCCAAGCUUACGAAUGCAUCCUUGGACAUUCGAUUUCAUUUUCAUCUGCAUUUCACUGCAACCUUGUACCCAGGGAUUCUGCUGAAAAACACACACGCAGAAGCCCUGGUUGCAAACAUUCUUGGAGCUGAAAGCAUUCCAGAAAUGUUUGUCCCAGGCUCAAUAAAGCCUCUUGAUGACGCUGUAUAGAAAAUAAAAUUGAAAUGUUUUUGCUGGCAUUUCCCCACUGUUUUUCCCCAAUCUUCAAACCUCGUAUCGUUUAUUCACCAGGUAAUGGCAUAUGCGAUGAAUACCACGUCAUUCGUCACGUGAUGAACUUAGAGUCUGUCAAUACCUAUGAAGGUUUGUAAUCGUUUAGGGUCUAGUAUUUCGUAGAUUGAUCUGCAACAAGUGUGUUACUCGAGAACAAUUAUCAUAACGUUCUUUCUCCGUAGGAACUCAUGACGUUCAUGCAUUGAUUCUUGGUCGAGCAAUUACUGGACUGCAAGCAUUUAUGUCGAAAUAGUAAACUGUCUACUUGAGAAUUUUGAAUAACUAUUAUUAUUUAUUUAAAAAAAUCCUGGUUUCUGAUUGGCUAACAGCCAACUGUGAAAUUGUCAUAUCAACUCAAUGGCUAACCAAAUACGGAUUUUUCUCAUUCAUAUUAGCAAAAUGACGUCAAAAAGUCAAUAUGAAAAAAAUUUGGACGCGCUUGCGCCAUAUUACUAUGACGACGAGAAUCAUAUUGACUCGCUGACGCCAUUGAUAUGACGCAACGACGGCUGCCGAAGAACUAAGGAAUUGUUUUUUUCUUAAUACAAAUAAAAUACAAAUGUUUGUUUUGAAUUUUUUAAAUAAAUAAUAAAACAAUUAUUGAAUUCGGUUUUCGCACAAUAUGAAGAAUUACCAAGCCCUCAGUUUGCCGUUAUCAGCCUUCGGCUUCGGUUGAUAACGGCAAACUUCGGACUUGAUAAUUCUUCAUAUCGUGCUCAAUCUCAUUCAAUAAUUGUUAAAUAUUGAAUAGUAAAAAGGCUACAUGGAGUGAGUGUAUGGCGGAUCAAGUGUACGUCGUAUUAUACAAUAAGCUGUCGUGGUUGAUUUGUGGUCGAAAAAAUUAAAGCUCAAAAAGCGUGGCAGCUGUUCGAAUCUGUAUUUACACUUAACAUUGUAACUUUGUAGAAACUGCCUUUAAAGUUUAAGCUACUGUAUUUUCUAAUUAUGAGCUUCCUGCAUGUUGCUAGAUCCUAUGUAUGGAUACGGCCCUGAGAAAAUAUUACCGAACAUAGAUAAAAAUAUAUCGUCGAUAUUGGUAUAAAUACAUUAACAUAGGUAAAAUAUUUUAUGAAAAAAAUCCAUGCUGUCAUAUUCCAGACGAACAUUUAUAAUUGGACAGUAGUGUGAAGUAAGAGGAGUGGUUUUAUUUAAAACAUUAGAUGUAAUAGUAUUUAGAUAUUAAAAUAUAUUGAGGUCUCUUUCACUUAUGGCUUUAUCGAGAAAUUGUUUAUGCCCGUUGACACCCAAUUCACUCCCUUAUAUUUAAAUGUUGCUUAUUAUAUCCAUUCUAUUUUACGCUAAAUUAUCAGAACAAUGGUAUCUGGGCGUGUGAGUUAGCUGAAAUAUGGAUUAGGUGGCAACAGGCAUACACAUUCGUUAGGUGAUUACAGUUUAGUGACAAUGGCAACAUUACAGUUUAGUGACAAUGGCAACUCAAUGCAUAUCAAAAAUAUCCGUUAGCUACAGUACUUAGCUGAUUAGUUCUGUUUCUAUGAAUUCACAUGGUAGAUUGUUUUCAAUUAGAGUAGUGGUAACGGUCUGUACGUAGGCUAUUAAUUAAACAAUGCAUAUCGAUAUAAAGAAAGUUUAAAAAAAGUACUAAAACUCAAAGUUGUAUGUCUUUCUUACAAAGAACGAGUGCAGGCUCACCCGCAGGUUAAGUUAAUCCGUCAUAACAAAUAUACACAACAAUUCUAGUAAAAAGUAUGUUUGGUAGAACAGGGGCAUCAAUAUUUUAUAUUUGACUUGCAAGCUCGACGUUUUGCCAAGGAUGAAUUGCCAGGUGGAGACAAACCAAAGGUACCAAACAAUCCAGUUUUGUCGCUUUUACUGGCAAGGUUCGCAUGUUCAGCUAACGUACGACUGGCUGCAUUUGCUUCGUCUAGGAAAGAUGAUACAUCAAAAUUAACACGUGGCGAUUGAACUGGUGUUCCACUGGGGUCAUGUUUGGAACCUUCCUGUGUAAUCCAUGCACAAUUGAGUACUGUAUCUGCUGAAUAGCGUCGUGAUGCAUCACGGACUAGUAGGUGUGAGAUAAGAUCCUUAGCCUCACGAGAGACGUGGCUCCACUCAGCACCUGACAGUUUAUAACGACCUCCUUGGAUGCUGUUCAGUAACAUGUCCUGACAUUCAUCGCAUGCUUCAUUGCUAUCCCAACCACAAUCUUCACCACAAUUGCCGUAAAAUGGUGGAUGACCUGAUAACAUGAUGUACAGUAUCACUCCUAAACUCCAGAGAUCACAACGUUUAUCGUAACAUGUCGCUUCAUCUUCGUUAACGAAUGCUUCUACCACUUCCGGUGCCAUGUACUCCGCUGAACCGACUGGGGUUUGGAGAACUGGGGUCGAUACAGGUUUUGUCCAUGAUCCAAUGCCACUAGCAAGGUCAAAAUCACAGAUCUUAACUGGAGUGAUGGUUUCUUCAUUAUCACACAGGAUAUUGUCAGGUUUCAAAUCUCGAUGUGCAACACCAUGUUUGUGCAGAAAACUUAAUCCCGUACUUAAAUCUUUCACCACUUCUCUGGCUUUAGACUCCGUGAACAGCACCUUUCUUUCAAUAUGUCUGAGUAAAGAUCCACCCUUCAUAACAGGGUACACAAAUAUGUACCUUGAACUUUCUUCAAAGAAAUGUACCAAGCUUAAAAUAUUGUUUUGUUUUCGACAUAAAUGAUGGAGAUCAACUUCGUUUAUGACUCUAUCUCGAGGUAUGGCGUGAUCGUUAUCGAUAAUUUUAGCUGCAUAUUUUUUACCAGUCGUUAUUCUCUUGCAUACAAACACAUGGGAGUAAGAACCACUGCCAAGGUAGUCUUCACUUAAUGCAUACAUACGAUCAAAUGUCUGGAAGUCUUCACGAGGUGGUCGCACUUUCUUCUUACGCGAUGUUUUUACAACACGGACAUCUUUCUUUUCCAAGUGAUUUGUAUCUGGAAGUUGCAGAAUGUUUACUCCUUCGGGGAAAAUAUCUUCAUUUUUCUCAGGUGCAUUCUCUGGUAUUACAAGACCAUUUACGCCAUUAGUGACAUAAUUUACACCAGACAAAUUGUCUACGUUCGCCAUAUCCGGACCUGC